CUCGAAUAUUCCCCUUCCCCUUCUUCUUCAUCCACAACAGUAUAACUAUCCCCUUCCUUCCCCCAUUUCUCCCCUCUCAGAAACCCAUACCUCCUCCAAUUAAUUCCCUUCUCACUUCCUCUCUCCGCAUUUUCUCGCCGGCCAAACAUCCCCCCAUCUCUGCAAUGAAGUUCGGCAAGAGCCUCAGCACCCAGAUCGACGAGACUCUCCCCGAGUGGAGGGACAAGUUCCUCUCCUACAAGGAGCUCAAGAAGCGAUUGAAGCUCAUCGAGCCCAACAAGGCCGCCGCCGCCGGCGUGGGAGAUGAUAACAGACCCGCCAAGCGGCCGAGAUUGGAAGGCGGCGGCGAUUGCUCCUCCGCCUCCAUGACGGAGGAGGAGAUCGAUUUCAUCAGGCUCCUGGAGGACGAGCUGGAGAAGUUCAAUUCAUUCUUCGUCGAGAAGGAGGAAGAGUACAUCAUCCGAUUGAAGGAGCUGCAAGAUUCAGUAGCGAGAGCAAAGGACUCGAAUGACGAGAUCAUAACGAUUCGUAAAGAGAUUGUCGAUUUCCAUGGAGAGAUGGUUCUGCUCGAGAACUACAGUGCCCUUAACUAUACAGGACUAGCAAAGAUACUGAAGAAGUACGACAAGAGAACCGGGGCGCUAAUCCGGCUGCCAUUCAUCCAGAAGGUCCUGCAAGAGCCCUUCUUCACCACCGACUUGCUGAACAAGCUUGUUAAGGAGUGCGAGACGAUGCUCGACCGCCUGUUCCCUGUGAAAUUAGCAGCAGCAUAUGGAGCAGCAAGCCGAUCCUCGAGCGAUGAUGGUGAUGGAGGAUGCGCAGGUCCUUCAACCUCGGCUGCUACAAGCAAUGUCGAGGACGGAGUGCUUAACGUGCUCCCCAAGGAACUUGCGGAGAUCGAGCAGAUGCAGAGCUUGUACAUGAAGAGCUCCAUGUCUGCGUUGAGGAUUCUGAAGGAGAUUCGCAGCAGAAGUUCCACUGUGAGUGUGUUUUCGUUGCCUCCGCUUCAGGUGAGUGGGUUGGAGGAGCCUUGGAACAAAGCUCCCAUCUUGGAGCAGGUAGCCAAGUAGUAAAAGAAGAGCAGUUUGCAGAGAUAAAAAAAAUUAAAGUGUUUUCCUUCGUUUAUGUAAUCCCUGGUUAGUUUGUUUGUUUCAGUAGCUACCCACUUGUUCAUGCACAGCUUUUGUGCAUGGAGUUAGAGAAUGAUGAAUGAUAUGAUACUAACACAUUAGAGAGAUGUGUAAAGUGCUAAAAUAAGUGAAGGAUUCAAACCAGAAUAUCUCAGUUUAGUAUAAGCAAUAUAUUGGAUAAUUACACUUUUCUUUUGUAUACAUCAAAUUUGUGCUAAGUUUCUUGGACUAUUUAUAGUGGAUUCUGGUAUUAUACUGAAGGUCUCUGCAGAAUCAAUCUCUUCUGCAGAGUCUAGUUUAUUGAGAAAUGGGUUUGGGAACACAAUUUGGAAUGGAU